GAUCACUUAAGUUUAUGAUCUGUCAAAUAUACUGAAUGCAACUGAGACGUUAUCCUAUUAGUAUAUCACUUCUAUCUCUUUUUACAUUAUUAACAAGGAUCAGUUAAGUGUUAUACCUAAUGCAACUGAGACGUUAUCCUAGUAGUAUACGAUAUUCUUUUCGAUCUCUUUUUAAUUUGAAUACUGUGAUUUUUACGAUAUUCGCAGUAUACAAUAUUCGUUCAUUGUCUGGUUAGUAUUGAUUAUUGAUUCUCUGCACGUUGUUUUCUUCCUUUACCAAGUCGUGAUUUUGUUCCCAAUUCAAAAACAUUUGGAACUUUUGGUGAUAUCUUGCUACAAAGGUCAAGUUUUACUUCUGGGCCGCCUUUUCUGGUAGCGAGAGAGAUGGGAUCAGUUGGUAAGCUAGCUAGAAGAGCUGUGCUAACAGAGACACCUAUUAUGGUACAGAUGCAGGAGCUGAUCCGAGGCGUGAAAGAUUGUAUUUCUCUUGCUCAGGGGGUUGUGUAUUGGCAACCACCCAAACAAGCACUGGAUAAAGCGAAAGAUCUUGUUUGGGAGCCUUCAAUCAGUCGCUAUGGUGCUGAUGAAGGCCUUCUUGAGCUUCGGGAGGCAUUGAUGAAAAAGCUUCAGAGAGAAAAUAACCUGCAUAAAUCAUCAAUUAUGGUUACUGCUGGUGCUAAUCAGGCCUUUGUUAAUCUUGUACUCACAUUGUGCGAUGCGGGCGAUUCGGUUGUUAUGUUUGCACCCUACUACUUCAAUGCAUACAUGUCAUUCCAAAUGACUGGCAUUACUGAUAUUCUUGUGGGCCCCGGUCAUCCCAAGACACUUCAUCCCGAUGCAGAUUGGUUAGAGAUGACUCUGAAGAGUACUAAUGCACCAACUCCUAAGCUUGUUACUGUUGUAAAUCCUGGCAAUCCUUCUGGUACCUACAUUCCAGAGUCUCUGCUCACGAGGAUAUCAGAUCUAUGCAAACAAGCAGGCUGUUGGCUCUUGGUUGACAAUACUUAUGAGUAUUUUAUGUAUGAUGGUAGGAAACAUGUCUGCCUUGAGGGCAAUCACAUUGUCAACAUAUUUUCCUUCUCUAAAGCUUAUGGGAUGAUGGGAUGGCGUGUUGGAUAUAUAGCAUACCCUUCAGAAGUUGAAGGACUUGGCGAACAACUCCUCAAAGUCCAAGACAACAUACCCAUAUGCGCAUCCAUAAUAUCACAACAACUGGCACUUCACUCUUUGGAAGCGGGGCCCGAGUGGGUAACCAAUCAAGUAGAGAAUCUGGUGAAAAACCGGGCCUUACUGAUGGAAGCGCUAUCUCCUUUGGGUGAGGAAGCGGUCAAAGGGGGGGAAGGCGCAAUCUACCUGUGGGCAAAGCUUCCGGACAAACAUGUUGAUCACGACUUUGAGGUUGUCCGUUGGCUAGCAGGAAGGCACAAGGUGGCGUUGAUCCCGGGAAGUUCCAGUGGCUGUCCCGGUUACGUUAGGGUCUCGUUUGGAGGGUUGAAGGAAGACGACUGUCGAACUGCCUCUCAGCGCUUGAGAAGGGGGCUUGAAGAACUUGUGGCUUGCGGAAUGAUUUCUUGAUUUUUACUCCCCUCCGGGGGUUCUCAUUAAUUAAUUGCUUCCCAAUGCCAAAUAUUACUCCCCACCUUUUAUACCACAAUAAGUAAAAGCACAAAACCCUCGCAACAACAACGGUUCCUGAGCGAGUUCAUCCUUUGUUUGGGAUCUAACAACUUUAUUUGCAAUAAGAGCAAACUUGUAUUCAAUGAAAGUGGUGCUUUCAAAGCUGUUGAUUCAUAUUGCAUGUGUUUAGCAUGUUCUUCUUUUGCCAUUGUUUACAUCGACUAGUUGAUUUCCCUAUCUUUGUUCACUUGCAUAUCUUUGGCCUUCCAAAACU